AGCUGAAAACGAAUCAAAGUCUGAGUUGGACAGUGCACUUCAUGUUUUAAUGCGCAUCUGCGAUAGUCGAGCAUGGGACUCUGACUUCAGGAACGACUUAGAGAGAUAUCCAAAGUAUAACUAUAGAAACCGUACAGAAUCUGAGUAUUUAACGGGAAAGCAACAUUCCAGGAAUACAGGACCACCGAAGAGUGACAAUUGUCAGGCCUGCAUUCAUCCGUGGAGAGUAAAACUACAACUAGACGGAGAACCGUAUUACAAAAAUACAUUUAAAAAGAUAAACAAUGACAACGGCACACCGGAUGUAUACAGAGUACCUGUCGUGCAUUAUAUUGGAACAGGGUGUUGUAAAAGGUCCAAGCUAUAUCAUGAAAUUUUCCAUUUUGGGCAUGCACUUUAUCACAAAUGCAUGACAAUGAUUGAGAUUAUGGUUGAGAAGGGAAUUGAAGAAGUCUUGUUUGAAGAGAUGUCCCAAAAAUUGAACAGGUUAAUAAGACGGGCAAAGAGAUAUCGCAGUAAAAAACAAAAGGCAAGCAUAUUCGAUGACUGGAGUUCAUUUUGGAAAGCGGUAUCCGACAUUUGACAAUUGAAAAAGUUAUUUGACUUAUUUUGACCCCUCCCCCUCUCCAAAAAAACAACCAAACCAAACCCCAACACCUUCCCUAUCACCCAAAAAGAAAAAAAAAACAAUAAAAUAAAAAAGAGAGUCAAGAAAAUAAUAAACCGAACAUAAAAACGCUAUUUACCAGCUACAAAAAGAAGAUAAAAAGAGACUUUUGCUAGAACUGAGCAAAAUUCAUGGACAUGAAAGGGUCAAAUUUUGUUUUCACACAGCUAAAUUUCCAUUCCACAUGCUGCAGGUCACUUGACGGAAACAAUAUAACAUGAUGUCCAAAUUCAAUUGGUGCAGCUUCAAACUAACCAUUCGUUAUUGAUAUAUAAUGUUUGGGCUUUGUUAUAGCUGCGUCACGACAAAACCAACAUAGAGCGUUUGCGACCAGCAUGGAUCCAGACC